AUGAAUCUCAAUGAUGAUCAAGAAUUUUCAGAUCCUAGUGUUAUUUUUGCAUUUUAUCAGAGGAUUUUUCCGUUUAAGUGGAUUUUCUAUGAAUGGCUAAAUAGGUCUUCAGUGCCUUCAAAAGCCUUUUGCAAUCGUGAAAUAGCUUUUACUCUGCAAAAUGAUGCAUAUUUACGCUAUAAUUCGUUUCCUACAUAUGAAGCGUUUCGUAAAGAAGUUUUAAGAUUAAAUCCUUCUCGGUUUGAGAUAGGCCCUGUUUAUAAUGCAAAUCCAAGGGACCGUAAAACUUUGCGGAAAGCAAUGUUUAAGCCUCUUGAAAAAGAGCUUGUUUUUGAUAUUGAUUUGACUGAUUAUGAUGAUGUACGGACAUGCUGUUUUAAGACAGAUAUCUGCUCAAAAUGUUGGUGUUUUAUUACAGCAGCGAUAAAAGUUAUUGAUUUGACUUUAAGAGAGGAUUUUGGUUUUCAGCAUAUUCUUUGGGUUUAUUCUGGACGACGUGGUGUGCAUGCUUGGGUUUGUGAUAAAAGAGCCCGUGAAUUAAGUGAUCAGAAACGCAAAGCUGUAUCAGUUUAUCUCGAAUUAGUGAGAGGCAGUACAACAUCAGGAAAAAAAGUUGAUUUGAAAAGGCCUCUUCAUCCUUCUAUAAGUCGGAGUCUUCGUAUUUUAAAAGAAACCUUUCGUUCUGAUAUCCUUAUUUCUCAGAAUCCCUGGGAAAGUGACGAAGGGUCUGAAAAAUUACUUGAAUUUAUCACUGAUAACGAUCUUAAAGAGUCAUUGCGUAAGAAAUGGAAAUCUUUUCCGAAAAGGUCUAGUUAUAAUAAAUGGCAAGACAUUGAUAGUGUAGCUGAAGAAGGAGUUUCUAAAAAUCUUGAUACUAAAGCUCUUUUGGCUGCUAAACAGGAUAUAAUUUUAGAAUACAUGUAUCCACGGCUUGAUGUUGAAGUUUCUAAGCAUUUAAAUCAUCUUUUGAAAUCACCGUUUUGUGUACACCCUGGAACAGGUAGAAUAUGUGUACCUAUUGACCACAAUUCACUUGAAAAUUUUGAUCCUUUUAAAGUACCUACUGUUACUCAAUUAUUACAUGAAAUCGACACUUGGGAUAAAGAGCGUGAAGAAAAUGAUGGAAUUUCAGAAACUUCAGAAAAACAUGAGCAUAUUUCAGAUUAUGAAAAAACGUCGUUGAAGCCUUAUAUAGAAUAUUUCAAAAAAUUUGUUUCUCUUAUUAUUAAAGAAGAACUUAUUAAUAAAAAAAGACAGGAAGAAAGUAAUGGGUCUAUUACACUUGAUUUUUGA